CAACAGCUAAACUCGUGGCAAGAUUCAGAGUCCGGGCAAGCUCAUGGACAUUCUCUAGCAAAUUUUGGAAUAUUUAUUCUUUUCAACUUCAGCUUCUUUUUAUUUUAUACUACAUAGAAUAUUGGACUGUGCCACAAGAUCUCUAAACAAGAUGAGUGUCAGUGAGGAGGAUGUGUCUAAAUUUCUUGAUGGAAAUCCAUCAUUUGCCAGGCAAUAUUUUGAUAAAAAACUUAGACCGGAAGCAAUUACUAAGGUACUUGGUAGAGAUGAAGCAAAAGUAGACUUCACUAGUUUUCGGGAACUUAGUCAAGUGGAAGAGAGUGAAAUUCUUUUUGAGCUCAUUCGAGACAUGCAGGAGAGUAUUAACAUGGAAAAAGUGGUCUUCAAGACUCUGAAAAGAAUUAGCUUCCUUAUUCAUGCAGACCGCUGCAGCCUCUUCAUGUACCGACAAAGGAAUGGUAUACCAGAGCUUGCUACUCGGCUGUUUAAUGUCAGUAAAGAUUCUAAUUUGGAGGAAUGUCUCGUCCAGCCAGACUCAGAGAUUGUCUUUCCACUGGAUAUGGGUGUGAUUGGACAUGUUGCUUCAACUAAAAAAACUGUUAAUGUGGAAAAUGUAGAAGAGUGUAGCCACUUCAGCCCAUUUGUGGAUGAGCUUACAGAAUACAAAACAAGAAACAUUCUUGCCACGCCGAUUAUGAAUGGCAAAGAUGUUGUGGCUGUUAUUAUGGCAGUGAACAAAGUCGAUGGUCCUCACUUCACACAAGGGGAUGAAGAUCUUUUUCUAAAAUAUCUCAAUUUUGCCUCAUUAAACCUAAAAAUAUACCACCUGAGCUACCUGCAUAACUGUGAAACCAGGAGAGGACAGGUUCUGUUGUGGUCUGCCAACAAAGUCUUUGAAGAGUUGACGGAUAUCGAGAGACAGUUUCACAAAGCCUUAUACACUGUGCGAGCAUAUUUAAACUGUGACAGAUACUCAGUUGGGCUAUUGGAUAUGACCAAAGAAAAGGAAUUUUUUGACCUUUGGCCUGAGCUAAUGGGAGAAGUUCCCCCAUAUAGUGGACCUCGGACACCUGAUGGCAGAGAAAUCAUCUUUUACAAAGUUAUUGAUUAUAUACUUCAUGGGAAGGAAGAAAUCAAAGUUAUCCCGAACCCCCCUUCAGACCACUGGGCACUGAGUAGUGGCUUACCAACAUAUGUGGCAGAGAGUGGCUUUAUUUGCAACAUCAUGAAUGCUCCUGCAGAUGAGACAUUUAAGUUUCAGAGUGGCUCCUUAGAUGAGAGUGGAUGGACAAUCAAGAAUGUCCUGUCAAUGCCAAUUGUAAAUAAAAAGGAGGAAAUUGUUGGUGUUGCCACAUUUUAUAACAGAAAAGAUGGAAAGCCUUUUGAUGAACAGGAUGAAACCAUCACAGAGUCUCUCACUCAGUUCCUUGGCUGGUCAGUGCUUAAUACGGAUACUCAUGACAAGAUGAACAAGUUGGAAAAUCGCAAGGAUAUCGCUCAGGAUAUGGUUCUCUAUCAUGUAAAAUGCCGUGCUGAUGAGAUCCAACAUAUACUGAAAACAAGAGACUACUAUGGAAAGGAACCUGCAGACUGUGAUGAGGAUGAACUUGGCCAAAUACUGAAAAAGGAGCUUCCUGGACCUACCAAAUUUGAGAUUUAUGAGUUUCGCUUCUCUGAUUUUGACUGCACAGAACUUGAGUUGGUUAAGUGUGGUAUCCAGAUGUACUAUGAAGUUGGAGUUGUAAAAAAAUUCCAGAUUCCACAAGAGGUCCUGGUUCGCUUUAUGUAUUCUGUGAGUAAAGGCUACCGAAAGAUUACUUAUCACAACUGGAGGCAUGGAUUCAACGUUGGACAGACUAUGUUCACAUUACUUACGACAGGACACCUAAAACAGUAUUAUACAGACUUAGAAGUGAUGGCCAUGAUCACUGCGGCAUUUUUGCAUGAUAUUGAUCAUAGGGGAACCAACAACUUGUACCAGAUGAAAUCACAAAAUCCACUUGCCAAACUUCAUGGCUCAUCCAUCUUGGAGAGACACCAUCUGGAAUUUGGAAAAUUUUUGCUUUCAGAUGAGUCAUUGAACAUUUAUCAAAACCUAAACAGAAGACAAAUAGAACAUGUCAUCCAUCUUAUGGACAUUGCCAUCAUCGCUACGGACCUGGCACUAUACUUCAAGAAACGAACAAUGUUCCAGAAAAUCGUUGACUUGUCUGAAACGUAUGAAAAUAGAAAUGAGUGGGUCAGGUUUUUAUCUGUGGAAACUACAAGGAAGGAAAUUGUCAUGGCUAUGAUGAUGACAGCCUGUGACUUAUCUGCAAUUACAAAGCCUUGGGAGGUCCAGAGUAAAGUGGCUCUUUCUGUAGCAGCAGAAUUCUGGGAGCAGGGUGACCUGGAGAGAACUGUUUUGCAGCAGAAUCCUAUUCCCAUGAUGGACAGAAACAAAGCAGCAGAACUUCCAAAGCUCCAGUGUGGCUUCAUUGACUUUGUCUGCUCGUUUGUGUACAAGGAAUUUUCUCGCUUCCAUGGGCAGAUCCAGCCAAUGUAUGAUGGCCUGCUGAAUAACAGAAAAGAGUGGAAGGCACUGGCUGAUGAAUAUGAUGCAAAAAUGAAGGCAAUUGAAGAAGAAAAACAAAAAAGGGAGAUGGAACUAGCCGCUGCAAAGGCAAAAGCCAAGGGACAAGAAGGUGGAGGCUCAACAUCUAAAACGUGCUCAAUCUGCUAACCAUAAAUCCCCAUAAUCUACCUGUAUUUAUUAGAAUUGGAUUUUUGUUCUCUUCAC